AUGACUUUGGAUAAUGGCGCAGAUGAGUCUGUUAAAAAGAAAACAUCUGGUCAAACAAAAAUUAAAAAAGUCGUGGUCCACCCACUCGUAUUGCUAGGGGUUGUUGAUCACUAUAGUCGAUCUGGAAAAGUCACUAGUGGUCAGAAAAGAGUUGUAGGUGUUCUUUUGGGUUCACUAAAUGGGAGCAUCUUGGAUGUUAGCAACAGCUUUGCAGUUCCUUUCGAAGAAGAUACCACAGAUCCAGAUGUUUGGUUUCUCGACCACGAUUAUUUGGAAAGCAUGUUUACUAUGUUUAAAAAAGUUAACGCUCGAGAGAAGAUUGUGGGUUGGUAUCACUCUGGUCCUAAGCUUUGUACGAACGAUAUUAAAAUUAACGAACUUUUCCGGAAAUAUGCUCCAAACUCAGUGCUGGUAGUUGUUGAUGUAAGAAGGAAAGAAAUUGAUGGAUUACCUACUGAGGCUUAUGUCGCAGUUGAAGAAGUUCACGAUGAUGGAUCUCCAACAACGAAAUCUUUUGAUCAUCUUCGAUCGGAAGUAGAUGCUGAAGAAGCUGAAGAGGUUGGCGUUGAACACUUACUGAGGGAUAUUAAGGAUACAUCUCUUGGUUCCUUAUCGCAAAGAAUCGGUUGUCAGUUAGAUGGAUUAUCCGGUUUAUUACGACAGUUAUAUGAAAUUCGUGAAUACUUACAAUUGGUUUCUACUGACAAGCUUCCUGUUAACCAUCGUAUAAUAUACCAGUUGCAAGAUAUUUUCAAUCUACUUCCUGAUCUCAAACUGCAUGAUACAGUCCGUGCAAUUCACGUCAAUACUAAUGAUCAAAUGCUUGUUAUUUAUGUUGCUGCUAUAAUGAGAGCAAUACUCGCUUUACACGAUCUAAUUAGUAACAAAUUAACGAAUCGUGAAACUGAGAGAAAUGAAGAGGGUUUAGGUGGUAAUACAGAGUCGAAAAAAGUUCCUAUUGGUCCUGUUGAUCAAAAUAAUGGAAAAGUAGUGGAAAACGGAGCAAAAUCAAAUGGGUUAGAUUCAUCACGGAAGAAGACUGACAAAUAAUGGUUUGUCUGUGAGAAGCGGGGUUCUUAUCCAUAUAGCAUAUGUACACAUAUUUCUUUUAUGAUAAAACACUUAUGGAUGACGCAGUUGGUAUUAUUUUAGUAUUAUCCUACAAUACCAAUACAAUUGCUUUGUAUAAUGUAUUAUUAAUACUUUUGGUCUGAUUAUGUUUCGCUUUGACUGGCC